CCGCUUAGAACAGUGCUACUAAUUGAUAAUUAAAUACAUCAGCAGAGGUACAUUGCCAGUGCCAUUAGACUGCCGUAGUAGUGACUUGUUUGCCAAACUAAUAAACGGUUGCAAUGGAGCCGUCGCGCUGGUGCAUAGUGUUGAAGUGUGCUGCAGCGGUGCUCUUGAUUGCUGCAGUGGAUGCACAGUCCGAAAAACAGUUUCGUUUACCGAAGGCUACCAAGCCUAUUGCAUAUGAUAUCGAAUUGGCGGUGGAUUUGGAGGAAUCAAUGUUUUCCGGUUCCGUGAAGAUAGAGCUAGAAGCGGUGCAACAAACGACUGUCCUAGCGCUGAACGCGAAAGAUCUGGCAUUGUCCAACAUUGCUUUGACUGAUCAUAAUGGAGAAAGAAUGGGUAUUUCUAGCUGGGGGGACCAAAAUGGAUCCGAAAUUGUGCGCUUCAACCUGGAGUCUCCUCUAGAAUACCCACGCACCUAUUUCAUGAACAUUCAGUUUGCUGGAAUUAUCACCGGCGAUCUAAAAGGCUUGUACAGGAGUUCAUACUACCAAGCAACAGAGGAAAGAUUCAUAGGAUCAACUUUCAAUGCGGCAGCUUACGCAAGAAGGAUUUUUCCCUGCUAUGAUGAGCCUCACCUCAAAGCAAAGUUCAAGCUCUCGGUGCAACACGCAACAGACCUGCACGUGCUGUCGAAUAUGCACGUCGAAAGUCGAACCAACUUGACCAAUCCUGAAAACGUAAGUUUGACCAUCUUCGCGCAAUCGCCGCCGAUGUCGACCUAUUUAUUCGCUUUUGUCUUGUCGGAUUACGGCGAGCUUCGACUGGAUUCGCAGUUCGCAGCACACGCACCGCUCGGUAUAGUUAAUACGACGGGAUACGCGUUGAAUUUCACAAAAACUGCUAUCGAAUACCUUGCAAAGUUUUUCAAACGCCCGUAUCAGUUGUCGAAGCUUGACAUUGUAACUAUCGAUGAUUUUUUACUGGGUGCUAUGGAGAACUGGGGGUUAAUUACGUUCAAGUGA